AUGGAACUAGAUUAUAUCGAAGAUGCAUGUUAUGAAUCUAAAGAAAUUAAUUCAUUACGUUUAACAUUAAUUGAACGUGAUGCUAAAAUUAAACAAUUAUUAGAUGAUGAAAAAAAGCUUAUUCUUGAAAAUAAACAAUUGGAAAAUAUCAUUGAAUUACAUAGAAGCAUUUUACGUGAUUAUGUGUUCAAAUUGAAAGAAUCUACUAAUACCUCAAUUGCUGCACAAGAUGGAGAUAAGUUUGAACAAAAUCAAUAUGGACCAUUAGAAGAUUCGAUUGAUCCACAAAAUGAAUUUCUAGAAAAAUUAAAUACAUACACAGAACAAGCAAAACAAACACUUGCAACAGAAACAGCAAGAGUUACAUCUGAAUAUGCCAAACUUGAAACACUUAUUGAACGCUUAAAUAAUAAAUUAGAACAUCAAAUAAGAUGUUCACAAAAUUUAGAAAAUAUUUUGAAACAAUUUUCGCAAAAACGUGAGCAACAAACAGAUGAAAAUUUUUGUCAGUAUGAAUAUGCAUUAGGUGAAAAAACUCCAAUUGAUAAUCCUUUAACAAAUGAAAAUAAUUUAAUUGGUGAUCGAUUUAGCCAGUAUAAUGAGUUAUUAUCAGAUAUUGAUCGUUUAAAUGAUAAAAUAAGAAGACAUUAUUUCUUAAUUAAUCGUUUAAUAAAUGAAAAUCAUGAUCAAGAUUUACAAAUCAAAGAAUACAAACGUGAAAUAAAUCUAAAUAAUAAUUUAUUCUCCUGUCAAGCACCAUUAUCAGCAUCCACAAAUUCAUUUGUUAAUACAACAGAUUUAACUUUAAACCAAGAACCAUCUGCUGCUCUUUUACCACCAACAAAUGUCGAAGAAAAUUCAUCGAUACUUGAUCUAUCUACAAUUCCAUCAUCAACAACAAAGAAUCGAAAAUUUUUAGAUCGAUUGAAAUUUUUUUUUAAACUUUAA